AAAAAAAUAAGAAUAAAAUGAACAGGUCGUCUAUAAUGAAGUACCAAAUAAAUCUCGCGAUCCCUACUUUGGUAUUUUCUUCAAUGUGUCGGGUGCGUUGAUCGAAAGUGGGGACUCUGAGAAUAUAUAGUCCGGGUCCGGCAAAAAGAAUUUCGAAGAAGGAGUUGAACUUGUGAUCAUCCGAAGCUUUGCGUCAACCCCUGAUGUUACGCGAAAAUCCACCUCGCACGGACAGAUCCGAAGAAAUUCUCGACGUCCGUGCUGACACACGAAAUUCAUUGAAAAUUUAAUUAAAACAAACAAAAAACAACAGAAUUGAGUCGAAUUUUUUGUAAAAAGGAGUAACUUUUUAUUUUUUUUCUUUGUUCUAAGGCUCCUCAAUGCCCGCAUGGAGGCAAUUUAACCCAAUUUCGUCGCAGUUUCUGAACGUUUUUUACGUUGACGCGUCGCUUCUGUCGUCUGAAUGCUUCUUCGGAGAAACUAUCUGAACCCUAAAUUUUAUCAGCAAUCUACUAUCGGAAAACAGAUUUGUGUAACUCAUUAUAGUUAUUUGAGGCCUUUAAUGCGGUACGCUAUAUAUGGUAUACCGAUAUAUUCCCGUUCGCUAUUCUAUAAACAAUCAAAGUGUCAACAGUUGACACUUAAUUAAAACAAGGGGCCUACUAUAGCAGCAAAAUUUGCUGUUUUUCGAUAGUGGAAUAAGGAUUUAAUUCAAUUAAAACUUGGACUGAUCUCUGUACUAGGUACGACUUGAUUCUUCCAACAAAGGAAAAGUCUCAUGUGACGCGUUGAUCUCUCACACUGAUUUUUGGAUAGGGACUUUUUAAGCUAAAUAAAAAAAAAAAACUGAAUACGGAAGUUAAGCACAUAUAGACUCUUAAAGUGUAGAACACAAAAAACACUCACAGCGGUUGCUGCUACGUCUUCUCUCCUACACGCAACUCCACUCCACUCCCAGCCGUAAUGCUGCGCAAAAAGCUUCCAAAGCGUUUGGAAGCUUUUGAUGCAUUUCCAAAAGUAGUGAAUGAGUAUAGAAAACCAGGAUCUUCCCGAGGAGGAGCCUUUUCGUUAUCUGUAGGUUUUUUCAUUCUCUUGCUCUUCCUUCUUGAGUGUUUUUCUUACGUGAAAGGUGUUCGAGAGCAAAGGAUUGUGGUCUCCGACAAAGUUUCUGAACUAAUGGAUCUCAAUGUUGAUGUUACGAUUGCAAUGCCUUGUACCCAUGUUCGCGUUGACGCAGCUGACAAAACCAACGACAUUGUUAUGGCUACCGAUAUGCUGACCCUUGAAGAAACGGAUUUAAGUGCCAUGAAACAUUCAUCCACUGUGCAUCGCCCUGGAAGAAACUCCGAAUACCGUUGGGUGCGAUCUGGUAAAUUUCGCACGAAGAAAAAGCCCCUUACAGGAGCUGGCAGCGCAUGUAGAAUUUAUGGAAAGAUUACCGUGAAUCGUGUCCACGGCCAAUUGCACAUUACCGCCCCCGGAUGGGGCUACGGCCGUUCUAACAUACCCUUUCAUGCGCUCAAUUUUACUCAUUAUUUUGAAGAAUUGUCCUUUGGUGACUAUUAUCCAGCUAUUUUAAAUUCUCUAGAUGGUCAUUAUGGAUUUACAGAUAAACAAGCCUUUGGUUUUCAGUAUUACUUGUCGAUUUUGCCUACAAGCUACAAAUCUUCAUUUCGCUCUCUCGAAACGAAUCAAUAUUCCCUAACCGAAAAUUCUGUGCCAAGACAACUCGGAUUCCGUUCCAUUCCACCUGGAAUCUUUAUUGAAUAUGAUAUAGAGCCUCUAGGUGUGGAAAUUGUUGAUAAAUAUCCUAGUAUCCUAAAAUCAUUUUUACGAGUCUUAUCCAUUUCGGGCGGGCUUUACAUUGUCAUGGAUUGGCUGGAUAAGUAUUAUAGUAGUCGGCCGACUGCAAAGGCUGAGGACGAUAUGCUUGGACUACUUGGUAAAGAGGUGAACUAAAAAAAUUUUGCAUCAGUCGAUUGUUUAUGAUACCGUAUGACUACAUUAUUCCUUCUAUAUACACUAAAUGUGCAUAGCUCAAAUAGACUUCGCUACGAUUGUUGCGAGGCUUUUUGAAAUUGUCGCAAAAUAAAGAAAACAAAAAAAAAAAAAAAAAAACAA